AAGCCUAAACUCAGGGUUACAGACGCACCUCUGUUUGUCCUACCGGGCCACCGUAGCUGUGAUGGCGUUGCUGCUUGGAGUCGUGCUGGCUCUUCUACUCGUGUGUUUGUUGUUCACUAUCUGACUGUAUCGUGUUGUGAGGACUGCUUUGAGCUGUGGAGCGGGAACCAGGGGCCCGGGAACCAGGGGGCCAGUCGCUGUCCUCGUCGUCGCGGGGUCAGGUAGCGUUCACGUUGCUGACGUCACAGUAACUGUAGCAUUAAGUUAGUUCGAGCCAGACACCGGGCGACUUAUUCAACACUCCACUAGCAUCGAUUACUGUUUAGCACCGCGCAUGCGCGAACAACAAGCACUGGUUUCAUGUUGUGCCGUUAGCUCACCUCCUUAGCUUCCGAGCUAACAAGCCGCAGACUGGCGCACAUGCGCAUCACAAGCUCGAUUGCUUCCAGGACCCUGAAGCGAGCUAAAAAGAUUGCAGCCAACCCCGGACAAAAACUGUUUGUGCCCCUUUCAUCUGGCAGGAGGCUGAGGUCCAUCAGGCCAAGAUCUCCCCCUACAGAAACAUUUUUUUCCCACCAGGAGUUGGUCUCUUGAACCAAGUCCGUGUCCCCCAUUGACCCAAUUACUUCAUUCCCAGAACAUUUGCACAGUGGUUUCUCUCACCAUGGAAACAUAUGGAUAUGCAUAGGUGUUUUAAAACGUAACAUCAGGAAUCAGGAACCUUUAUUAAAAUAUGUCAGACAUACAAGUACUUGAUCGCAUGACUUAAUCGCAUAGGUUAACUCAUUGAUGUUGACACCCCUAAUAUAUGGUGUCAAAAUCAAUGCGUUAAUCUAUGCGAUUAAUGUGGUCGAAAUUAAGGGAAUCAAUUAUUAUAGCGUGCCGGAAGUAAACAAAGUUGACCCCAAAAACAAAACCACUGCUAGCUGCAGUCAGUUUGAUUGGAAAGAGCAAGAGGGUAGUUUUUGCAUUUGCAAGUAAAAGCCGCGACAACAGAACAGAAUGAGAUGAGUGGCCAACGGACCACUUUGUUCAUACCUGGUGAAUUUAGUCAGCAGACCAGAAGGUCCAGAGAAACGGUCUGUCCUCAGGUCUGUGAUCUGGAUCAAGAAGCUACUAUCCUGUGUUGUGCUGACGCUGGUCUUAAACUCGUUAGUCGCUUAUCCCCUCAAGCCUCGUUAACAGCUUUAACUAAGAGCUGCUGACACAAGCUGUGCAGAACAAUGCUCUGUAGGUUCUAACAAGCCCGGAAAGAGGUCUGUGGUAAAGCUGGAAGAGCACUGACCAACAUUAAAGCAACACAACGUAACGUUCUGUUCACAAUAAAGUCUAACAGAGAAGAAGAAUAUAUGCUAAAAAAAUGUGAAUCCACUCAAAGGAAGAUUCAGUCUAAAUAAAACACUGAAAUGUUCGAUGAGAACAACAAGAAGUCCCUAGCUAAUUCUCAGGUGUGUCUCCAGCUGUGUCUCCGGGUGAGUCUAAUUGUGUGUCUCCAGGAAUUUCUCCAGGUGAGUCUGCAGUUGUGUCUCCAGGAAAGUCUAACUUGUCUCCAGGUCUGUUUCCAGCUUGGUCUCCGGCUUGUGUUAAGGUGCCUCUCUCCGAUAUUUUGCCAGCUGUGUCUACAGAUUUGUCCAGCAUGCAUCCCCAGGUGUUGUCCAGAGUCCUGGUGUGUACAGAGGUUUUAUUGGAUUAUUUCCCUUGAUCCUACAUUUGCAGUCUAAGUGUUCCCCCUGGACUCUCAGUCCUCAGGCUCUUUCCUCAUAAGACAGAAGCUCCUUUAAAAAAAUGUUGGGACUAUUUUUUGUCAAAACCACUCAAAUGACUAAAUUAAAUAUUUUUUUAAUUCAUUAAAACUUGUUUUUAUAUUUUUAUGCUGUUUUUUUAUUCCAUUCUUCUGUUUAUAUUUAAUAUGACAGUCUGAACACACAUGUCCCAUCCUCUGUGUCACCUUUUUUACUCUUUAAUCUCCAUGUUUGGUUAUCCAAUUUUUAAUGUGACAUUUAGUGGCAAGGCUAUUCUGAACUUCUAUGUGUUUUUCUCUCUCUCUCUCUCUCUCUCUCUCUCACUCAGCUCAUCAGUAAUCCCAUUAGCAGAGUUCCUCCAUAAUCCUCCUCUGGGUUCAGAUCCUUCAGGUCUUCACAGCGUCUUCACUGCAGCUCUGAUGCUGCUGGACCCCGACUGAACACCUCAGGAUGUUAAGCUGGGUGGUCAAGGUGGUUCCUCAGAUGCCUCAACCUUCAACAGUAGGAGAGCAGAAAGAGAUGAAUCCAGACAUGCCCCUUCCCACAACCACGGAAAGGAAAGUCAAAUUUCAAGAUGAGUGCAAAAAUGAAGCUCAGAAAACUAACAAACCCGAGCAAGAGGUUCUGGCAACAGAAGAGUAUAAUAAACCUGAACAAGAAGGGUUGAUGGCUUGGAUCGCUGAGGGUUUGGAGAAAGUAGUCCCUCAGCCUGAUGUAAAGAGGAAGGGGACACCAGCAACUCAAGAGCCGGCUAAGGUAUAUCAAACAUCAGCUGCAACAGAGCUUCAAGUCACUGAUGUGGAGGCAAGAUCAAUCGGAGAGGACAACAAGCCAAUCCCACCCAGAAUGAUGGAUUGGAUCAAACACGGGUUAGAGAAGGUGGUUCCUCAGCCUCAGACUCAUGUUCCGUCAAAGACUGAAGUCAACCAGAAGCCUGAAGCUCCCCCUGAAGCAGAGGCUCCACCUCCAGAACCGGCUCCAGGACCAAAACCAUCGGUUGAUAAUGAAAAUAUUAUGGGAUGGAUCGUCAGCGGGUUCGGGCGCAUGUUGCCUCGGCCGGUACUGAAGACGGAGGCGGCCGGUGACGAGGUGCAGAACAUCAACAUUGUACAGAAUAAGACGGACCUGGUGCUGGAGGACAUGGGACAGGAGGAUGAGGAUAAAGGGACCAAUCAGAGGGAAGAUGUGGCAGCAGAUACACCGUUGACACAGGUGGAUCGAAGCUCUCCACCCAUUGACAGCAUGAAGAAGGAGGCUGGAGACCAAGUUCUAGCCCACAUGGAAGACAGACUGCAGCAGGAGCGUCUGCUGGAGGCAGCCCGCGUGGCAGAGGAGAUGGCCAGGAAGGCCGCAGAGGAGGCAGCCCAACAGCUUGGGGUGGAGCAUUCGGCCAAUAUCACCAUGGAAACGCUGCCAGAGUCCAACGAGCAACUGCCCAACAUCCUCGAAGAGGAAAAUGAGGAUGAUCCAGAGAGCCUGAUGGACGUCUGUCCAGCUGAUGAAACUCUGUCAUCAACACAAGUGGAACCGGCAUCAGAGAGGAGAGACCUGGACAGUCCAGACCACCAGACCAUCACCCAGCAACCCGAGCCACAAGCGCCGGUAACCUCCCCCACAGAUCAGGAUGAUGCAGCAGAAGGAGGUUGUGGAGGCCGCUGUGGUGGAAGUGUGGGUGAAGCUCCGGAGCUGAAGAUGGAGGAUGUGGAUCGGGAGGAGAGGAAGGAAAAAGGCCUGAAGAUCCCUAAAAUGAUCACAACCCACGAGCCAGAGUGCAGUGCACCGCUGUCCAAGCUGAGUGCUGCCGAUGAGAACGGUGAUGAACUGAAGACCUGGUUCAGGGAUGGAGACCUGCUUACUGCAGACGAUGAAAAGAGUCUUCUGUCAGCAGGCGGCCUGGUAGUCCAGGAACGUCUCAGCAACCUCGUUGAGCUGUUUAAAGGUCGGACGCAGCGGCAGAAAGAGCGUUUGGUGGACCAGGACGAGUCUGAGGAAGAAAGUCCAGCCUGUAGGUCCCAGAGCAAAGCUCCUCCUCCUCCUCCUCCACCUCCUCCUCCAGAAGAGAAAAAAGAUGACCCCCCGCCAGCAGUACGAGAGGAAGAAGAGGAUUUUAUUCUCCCCUUUCAACUUCUGGGACGCCCAGUGAAGAUUCCUAGACUUACCGGUCUCCCCCGGAUGCUGGACUGGGCCAGAGUCCUGAUGAAGUUCCACUUCCCUUCCAGCAUUGACCCGUUCACUGAUCUGAUCUACGUGGUCUGGCUCUUCUGUGUGGUGGCGGCCUGGAACUGGAACGUGUGGUUGAUUCCCGUCCGCUGGGCCUUUCCAUACCAGACCCCCGAGAACCUUCACCUGUGGCUCCUGGUGGACUACACCUGUGACCUGAUCUACAUCACUGACAUCCUGCUGAUGCAGCCCCGCCUUCAGUUUGUUCGAGGAGGAGACAUUGUGAGCGAUAAGAAGGACAUGAGGGAGAACUACAUGACCACUGAGAGAUUUAAGAUGGACGUCAUCAGCUUGUUCCCCAUGGAGAUACUUUAUGUUUUCACUGGAGUCAACUCUCUGUUGAGGUUCCCUCGGCUGCUGAAGUACAUGGCGUUCUUUGAGUUCAAUGACCGGAUGGAGGCUGUGAUGAAGAAAGCAUACAUCUACAGGGUGAUCCGGACGUCCACGUACCUGCUCUACUCUCUGCACAUCAACGCUUGUCUCUUUUAUUGGGGAUCAGACUACGAAGGACUCGGAUCCACCAAGUGGGUCUACGACGGGAAAGGAAACGCUUAUAUCCGCUGUUACUACUUUGCGGUGAAGACAUUGAUCACCAUCGGAGGACUUCCUGACCCCACCACCGUCUUUGAGAUCUGCUUCCAGCUCAUCAACUACUUCGUUGGGGUCUUUGCCUUUUCGAUCAUGAUCGGGCAGAUGAGAGAUGUGGUCGGAGCUGCGACCGCCGGAGAGAACUACUACCGAGCCUGCAUGGACAGCACCAUCCAGUACAUGAACUCUUACCACAUCCCCGGACAGGUCCAGAACCGCAUCAAGACCUGGUACGACUACACCUGGAAGAUCCAGGGCAUGCUGGAUGAACAGGAGCUUCUAGUGCAGCUUCCCGCUAAGAUGAGGCUGGACAUGGCUGUAGACGUCAACUACUCCAUCGUCAGCAAAGUGGCCUUGUUCCAGGGCUGUGACAGACAGAUGGUGUUCGACCUGCUGACGAGGCUCAAGUCAGUCGUCUACCUGCCCGGAGACUUUGUCUGUAAGAAGGGCGAGAUCGGCAGGGAGAUGUACAUCAUUAAACAAGGGGAGGUUCAGGUGGUCGGAGGUCCAGACCUGCAGACGGUGUUUGUUACCAUCAGAUCUGGUUCUGUGUUUGGAGAGAUCAGUUUGCUGGCAGGAGGAGGGGGGAACCGACGGACCGCCAACGUGAAGGUGCACGGAUUUGCCAACCUGUUCAUCCUGGAUAAGAAAGACUUGGCAGAAAUCCUAGUGAACUACCCAGAGUCCCAGAAGCUCCUCCGCAAGAAAGCCAAGACCAUGUUGACUAAGGACCAGAAGCCAGAAGAGAAAGGUGGAGCCAAAGAGGCUGUGCAGAUUAUUCCACCGAGACCAGACACACCCGAGAUGUUCAAGGCGGCUCUGAAGGUCUCACAACAGGCGGGACUAGAAGGAGCCUUCACCCAGCUGAGGAGGACCUACCAAUCAUCUGAGAGCACAGACAGACAGACUUCUCCCCCCACCUAUCAGGCCCCGCCCCCCUCCCCGAUGCACCGCCGCUCCCCAGUUCCUCCCCUCGUCGUGGCUACCGACGACGACGACGCCGUGUCGGAGACCGCCGACAGUUCCGUGCUCAUUAGGAUGACGCCUCGGCAGCAAGGGCAGGAGCUGCUCACUGUGGAGGUGGCGCCCGAAGGGGAGUGAAGACCCUGCUGCUUCCCAGAAUGCAUUUCAGCAACCAGGGUUUCAAGUGAAGGGGACAACAAAUUCCAGUGCAUUCUGGUCUCUGUGCAAAGAAAAAACACCUGUAUAAUGUUCUCACGUUUCUUCUUUUGUUGGAGCUCCUUAUUGUCUUCCACCUCCUGCAUGAUCUUCUUAUUUUAAUUUCUUUAUUUGCAAAAUUCAAGCAAUACAAAUUAAACAAUAAGAAAACAUAAUAUAAAUAAAUAUCACUGUACAGGAAGAGGCAAAAAGCCAACUGGAGUUAUUUGAAGCCUCCACCUAUAUUAUAUUAAACGCUUUAUCAAACGCUUACAAAAAAGCAAUUUCUUUUAGGGACUUUCUGAAACAUUUUAUAGAGGGAGAUUUUUUGUUGGGUGGGAUAGAUCAUCACAUUUUUUGGUUUUCCCUAAAUUUGAUAGAAAAUUGACCUCUGUUAGUCAGUAAUGUAGGAGGAUGAAAUGUCUAGAUCGAUAAGUUGAGUAAAAGUGGAACUUAUCUUUGAAGUAGAUCUUCCAAUAAUCAGGAAUAUUUCCUACACUGAAAAGUAUCUUAUACAUAAAAAUGAGCGAAAGAAAUAUGAAUGUCAUUGAUAGUAAGAAUCUGCAGUUUCUGAAAUGAAGGAGCAGCUGAGAUGUGCUGAUUGUGUUGCAAUCUAAAAAAACAUUUCUGGAGGACCAACAUUUUUUUGCAGAGAAGUAUGAAAAGUACUUACUAUACAGUAUAUUAAAAUAUGAUAAGAUAAGGAAAAAGGUAACUGUAGUAAAGAACAAAGGAGACAAUGAGAGCAAUGUCUAACCAUCCUUAUGAUUCCAGUAUCAAAAUACUACACAUAAAUUUAUGUAUUGCAGUGCAGAGAAAACCUUUUCAACAGUAAAGUAAAGCUAUAUAGUUGAUGUUUGGAAACAAUUAAAUUUGACCAUAUGAUGCAUAAUCCUUUUUUGUAUUAUUUUUUCUAUUUUUUUUAAACAAGGCAGUAUAGAAAACUUUAGGAAAACAUGGUUUUUGUGCUUUAAACAAAAACGCAACAGUUGCAGGACAUUUGUUGGAAUAAAAUCCAUGUGGAUUCCCAUGAGGAGCCAGAAAUCGUGA